UGGCCAUAGUGUGUUGUUUUAGAAAGCCUCUCAGGGUAAAGCACCACAAAACCAGUGACAAACAUGAGGUCACUGAGCCAACUCCUCCCUUUCCUCUGCUGGGGGCUAAAAGACAACAUGGACAAAUCUUCAGAAGCUCUGACUUAGAGACGCUUCUUCAUUCUUGGGAAGAUGCAGCUGCUCCUGCUCCUGUUGGCCUUCUUUCUGCUCCUCAGAGCAGAGGCAGAGCCUUCUGUUUGCCAGCAUUGCUCUGAACCUGAACUCCAAUCCCACCAGAGGGAAUCAGUUAGGACACUGCAUAAGCCACCAGAGGUUGUUUUCAAGAAGAGCCAGUGGAUAAUGUACCCUAAGUAAGGCACAGCUUGCACAUCCGGAGAGUCGUUCUUCAAAGUUCAUGGAGUAGGAGCCACAGAGGCAGACUCACACUUCUCUGCUUUCCUGAAUUCCAUCUGCACUGCUCUACUAACCAGACAGUAACUGCAGCUGUUCCUUCAUGCUUCCAGGGAACAGAUCUGAGACACCCUCUACAUGUCGGGCCUUAAAAUGAGGUUAAGACCUCACCUACAGUACACCUAGAGCCUGCCAGGAUAAAGCAUCAUCAUCCUAGACAUCACAGGACUCAGAAGGGUUUUAUUUACUCAAGGGAAGUAAAAAGUUAGCAGAGGAAUGAUGAAAAGCUUCAGAAAUCUUAUUUUCCCCUGAUACAUAUAGUCAUCUCCAAUCAAACAGACGAAAAGGACAAGUAGAACAAUACUGAAUUUCCUGCACUUUGGAAAACAAUUUCAGGCAUCUUCCUCUAGGUUCCUGUCCACUUCAAGGAACUGCAACCUCCCAAAUGUCCAACUGUUCAGAGAUUGUAAGAUACUUGUUCAAGGACUCAGUGGCUGCACCAAGUCUUCUUGUUGUUUUCAGGAGAGAUCAUCGGGGGACAUGAAGCCAAACCCCACUCCCGCCCCUACAUGGCUUACCUUAGGAUCAGGCAUGAGAAAUCUAGAAAAAUUUGUGGUGGCUUCCUGAUUCAAGAGGACUUUGUGCUGACAGCUGCUCACUGUUUAAAGGGCUCUCCAUCCACCAAUCCACUUGCCUCUGUGUACAGCCAAAUAGAGGUCACCUUGGGGGCCCACAACAUCAAGGAACAAGAGGACACCCAGCAGGUCUUCCGAGUACAAAACGCGUUUCCCCACCAAGACUUUAUUUGGGGAAAACACAUCAACGACAUCAUGCUGCUGAAGCUGGAGAAAAAGGCCAAGCUGACUAAAGCUGUGCAGCUCCUCAAGCUGCCCAAGGGCAAGACUCAGGUGAAGCCAGGUACCCCGUGCCAGGUGGCUGGAUGGGGACGAUUGUUCCCAGAGGGUACACAUUCAAGAACACUGCAGGAAGUGGAGAUGGUACUGCAGAAUGACGAGAAGUGUCAGGACCACUUUAAAAAGUAUGAUCCUGCUACUGAGAUUUGUGUGGGAGACCCCAAGAUUAACAAUACUUCGUUUAAGGGUGACUCCGGAGGCCCCCUGGUGUGUAAUAAUGUGGCACAGGGCAUUUUCUCCUAUGUAUCAAAGAAUGGAACAACACCAUGUAUCUUUACCAAAGUCUCAUGGUUUCAACAUUGGAUAAAGAAUACUAUAAAACAGAGCUGACUGCACAAAGUAAAGUAAAUCCCCUCUAUGAGCAACCAUCUUACCUGGAGCUGAGUCUAGAAUCACUCUAGAGCAGAUGCCAGCAACUAAAUAAAUGUUUCAUCUCAGUGGAAGGCUA